CCAGUCGUCUGGGAUGUAUUCAACGAAUUUUAGAAAAUAGUUUCAAUCAUUUAUAGAAGUCAGUAGCAUCUCGAAAAAUAUUUAAAUAAUUCUUGAAAAUCUCUAAGGAUUCUCAGAAAUUGCCAGUCAUCUGGGAUGUAUUGUACGAGUUUUAGAAAAUAUUUUCAAUCAUUUAUAGAAGUCAGUAGCAUCUCGAAAAAUAUUUAAAUAAUUCCUGAAAAUCUCUAAGGAUUCUCAGAAAUUCCCAGUCGUCUGGGAUGUAUUCUACGAAUUUCAGAAAAUAUUUUCAAUCAUUUGUAGAAGUCAGUAGCGUCUCAAAAAUAUUUAAAUAAUUCCUGAAAAUCUCCAAGGAUUCUCAGAAAUUCCCAGUCGUCUAGGAUGUAUUCUACGAAUUUUAGAACAUAUUUUCAACCUUUUUUAGAAGUCAGUAGCAUCUCAAAAAAUAUUUGAAUAAUUCCUGAAAACUCUAAGGAUUCUCAGAAAUUCCCAGUCAUCUGGGAGGUAUUGUACGUAUUUUAGAAAAUAUUUACAAUCAUUUAUAGAAGUCAGUAGCACAGUAGCAUCUCGAAAAAUAUUUGAAUAAUUCCUGAAAAUCCCUAAGGAUUCUCAGAAAUUCCCAGUCGUCUGGGAUGUAUUCUACGAAUUUUAGAAAAUAUUUUCAAUCAUUUAUAGAAGUCAGUAGCAUCUCAAAAAAUAUUUAAAUAAUUCCUGAAAAUCUCCAACGAUUCUCAGAAAUUCCCAGUCAUCUGGGAUGUAUUUCAAAAGCUAUAAUAGUUAUUUAUGCAACAAGUUGCAAAAUGAUGAUUUUUUCAGCACGAGUCGUACAUUUAUCCAACGAGGCUUGCCGAGUUGGAUAAAUACGACGAGUGCUGAAAAAAUCGAGUUUUGCAACGAGUUGCAUACAAAUUUUUUUUGCAAUCCCGAGGAAAGAUGGGUUUUCAUUAAUUAAAUUACUUAUCCUUGAGCCCUACAUGGAGUAGAUACCAUUUUGUUUCAACUAAUCUUUUUGGUCAGAGUAGGACAUGAAACAGGUCGACAGUCAGUCCUGCCAUAACUUUUCAAGCUCCAUCCAAACCAGUUAACGAUUUCAAGAACCCUUCAACUCAAGAAUGAGUGACUCCGAUUCGGACAGCCCCAUGGAUGUUGAUGCUGCGGCGGAAGCGGCGUUGGCUGGACUGCUACCUGAAAAGUCCAAAACGCUGUACGAAAACUCAUACAAACGAUUUAACGAUUGGCGCACGAAAAAUAAAAUAGCUGCAGUCGACGAAAAAUGCAUGCUUGCGUAUUUUUCUCAAGAAAUGGGUAGCCAAAAGCCAUCUACCAGCUGGACCCACUACUCCAUGCUCAAGAGCACAUUAAACAUGCAUAUGGGCGUCGAUAUAAGUGGGUUCCGAAACCUGAUUUCAUUCCUAAAACGAAAGUCGGAUGGCUUUCGUCCGAAAAAAUCAAAGAUUCUUACAAAGGAACAAAUCUUCAAAUUCCUUAAAGAUGCAGAUGAUACCAUUUAUUUGGCAACAAAGGUGGUGCUAAUUGUUGGUGUUUAUGGGGCGUGCCGCCGGGAAGAAAUUUUGAAGUUGACAUUGGCGGAUAUAGAAGACAUGGCGGAUAAAGUUACAAUCACCAUCCCAAACACCAAAACCAAGAUUAUGCGGCAAUUCGUUAUUACGAAGGGAAAUGCACCGGAGGUCGACAUGCUGAAGCUUUUCCGGCAGUACGCGCAGAUGCGUCCAGCGGGCCUAACACAUUCUCGGUUCUUCGUCGGAUAUCGGGCUGGAAAGUGCACGAAGCAGGUAAUAGGCAUCAACGCGAUCGCAAAAAUGCCAAAAACCAUCGUCUCACGAGUACACAGGCCAUUGUUUCCGACGAUCAUCAGCUUCUCUCCUCGCAGACUCUGGAGUAGACAUUUCUACUUUGAAGAGACAUGGCGGAUGGAAGUCUUCAGCAGUUGCUGA